AUGGCUGUGAUACCCCCCACGUGUUGGGAAGAACGGCUCUUCCUGUCUUCAGGGCCGCCAUCGUCUGACAGUGAUUCGUCAGCGGCAACAUGGGUCUCAGACUGGGUCUCUCCGAGCACUUCUCUGAAGCUUCUAACUGCAGCUCUUGUCUGCAUCUGCAGAGCGAGUGCUCCCAUCAGCCCGGUUCCCAACCUCGUGGAGAACGUGGUCUGUGAAAGUGAAUCUGGUAUGAAAAAGAUAUAUGAGUACUUGGUUCCAGAUAUUUCUAAACCCAGUUUCAUCAUUGCCAAGAUUUAUGCGCCAACAGCCCCGGUCAUUUUUCUUAAGAAAAGUCAUGUUGCUGGAGCUCUGAACUCUGGGUUUAACUCCAGCUCUGCUGCUAGCUGUGUGAGGUCAGCGCAGCGCGGGCAGGGCUGCCGCCUCCCGACGCCUGGCCGCGGCGACAUGGAGCCCCCUGCCGCCUUCGCGGGCUUCCCGGCCCUGCCCUCGGUCGCGCCGUCGGGGCCGCCGCCGUCGCCGCUCGCCGGAGCGGAGCCCGGGCCGGAGCCCGAGGCGGCGGGCGCGGGCGGCGGGGAGCCGGAGCCCGCCCCGGGCCCGGGCCGGCGGCGGCGGCGGCCGCUGCAGCGCGGGAAGCCGCCCUACUCGUACAUCGCGCUCAUCGCCAUGGCGCUGGCGCACGCCCCGGGCCGCCGGCUCACGCUGGCCGCCAUCUACCGCUUCAUCACCGAGCGCUUCGCCUUCUACCGCGACAGCCCGCGCAAGUGGCAGAACAGCAUCCGCCACAACCUCACGCUCAACGACUGCUUCGUCAAGGUGCCCCGCGAGCCGGGCAACCCGGGCAAGGGCAACUACUGGACGCUGGACCCGGCGGCCGCCGACAUGUUCGACAACGGCAGCUUCCUGCGGCGCCGCAAGCGCUUCAAGCGCGCCGAGCUGCCCGCGCCGCCCGCGCCCGCGCCCGCCGCCCCCUACGCGCCCUUCCCGGCCGGGCCCGGGCUGCUCGCGCCGCCCCCCGCCGCGCCCGCGCCCGCGCCGCCCGCCCGCCUCUUCAGCGUCGACAGCCUGGUGAGCCUGCCGCCCGAGCUGGCGGGGCUGGGCGCCCCCGAGCCGCCCUGCUGCGCCGCGCUCGACGCCGCCUUCCCGCCCUGCGCAGCCGCCUCCCCGCCGCUCUACGCGCCCGCGCCCGACCGCCUGGGGCUGCCCGCCGCGCGCCCCGGGCCCGGCCCGCUCCCCGCCGAGCCGCUGCUGGCCUUGGCGGGGCCGCCGGGCGUGCUCGGCCCGCUGGGCGCGCUCGGCCCCGGGGAGGCCUACCUGAAGCCGCCGGCCUACGCGCCGGGACUGGAGCGCUACCUGUGA